AUGCUAAAAAUCCGAAUACGUCAUCUUCAUAUUAACCAAACAACUUUGAGGCAGCAAUGCCUAAGACGUUUAUGUUCUGGCAAUGCAACAAAAUCUGAGUGGCAGCAAGCCAAGCCCCUAGAAGAAAUUCCCACAAUGAGCGUUUUCAAGUUGCUGCGUAACUAUAUGCCUGGUGGUAGAUAUGCUAAACUGGAUUCCACUCAACUAAUGUUGGCCUUUAAAGAGGAUAUGGGUCCCAUAGCCCGCUUGAAGGGGGUUUUUGGCAGGCCAGAUUUUGUUGUUACCCACAAUCCACAAGAUUUUGAGAUAACAUUUCGCAACGAGGGUAUAUGGCCUUUGAGACCAGGCAUGGAAUCGAUGGUCUACUAUCGCAGUAAAAUAAGACCGGAAAUUUUUCAGGGAAUCGAGGGUUUGAUGGGAGCGCAAGGUGAAAAAUGGGGCACAUUUCGUACUGCAGUCAAUCCAGUGUUAAUGCAACCCAAAAAUGUGCGUUUAUAUCUUCAAAAGAUGUCCAACAUUAAUGAGGAGUUUGUAGAAAGAAUUCGUCAUAUACGUGAUCCUCAAAGCCUUGAAGUUUCCUUCACCUUCGAAGAGGAAAUCAAUCGCUGGACCUUGGAAUCUGUAUCCGUGGUGGCCUUGGAUCGACAAUUGGGUUUAAUCACCAAAAAUCGUGAUAAUCUCGUAGCUAAGCAAUUGUUUCAAGCUUUAACCGAUUUCUUUACCUAUUCCCUGGAGAUAGAAUUUAAACCAUCCAUAUGGAGAUAUUAUAAAACUCCCACCUUUAAAAAACUCUUGGCUUCAUUGGAUACCAUUACCGAUAUAACCAAAUCCUAUGUUGAUGAGGCCUUUGCCCGCAUUGAAGAAGAGCAGAGAGUGAAAGGAGUAGAUAAAUCAGAAAGCGAUAAAAGUGUCCUGGAGAAGCUAAUCAAAAUUGAUAAGAAAAUUGCCAUGGUAAUGGCAAUGGAUAUGUUGAUGACUGGUGUUGAUACGACUUCUUCAAUGUUUACCGGCAUUCUGCUAUCAUUGGCCAAAAAUCCCGAAAAACAAAACAAACUACAUGAGGAAGUACGUCAACUGUUACCGCAAAAAGAUUCAGCAUUUAGUGAGGCCAGCUUUCAAAAUAUGCCCUAUCUAAGAGCCUGUAUCAAAGAAUCGAUGCGCAUCUAUCCCUUGGGUGUGGGCAAUGCACGUGCUUUGGCCAAUGAUGCGGUUUUAAGCGGUUAUCAAGUACCCAAGGGAACAAUUGUAUCGAUGAUCUCUGCAUCAUUGCUGAAAGAUAAUCAACAUUAUCCGCGGGCUAAUGAAUAUUUACCCGAACGUUGGCUGAGGCCAAAAACAGGAGAUGACAAAGUCAGCGCAUGUCCCAAUGACUUGAAACCUAGCAGUAAUUUUAUUUAUUUACCUUUUGGAUUUGGAUCACGUAGCUGUAUUGGUCGUCGCAUAGCUGAAAUGGAACUGGAAUUGGGUAUAGCCCGUUUGGUGCGCAAUUUCCGUAUUGAAUUCAACUAUCCCACUGAGAAUGCAUUCAAGAGUUUAUUUCUAAAUGUACCCAAUAUACCAUUGACAUUUAAAUUUAUCGAUGUUGAAAACUGAAAUGAAAAUAAAAACGAAUUAUUUAA